AUGGCGUGGUCGGCCCGGCUGCUUGGUCUCGCAUCUUGGAGUCUCGCCAUGGCAGACUGGCCAGGCUGCCAGGAGAAUAACAUCGUCAUCAGGAAUGCAGGGCGUGCCCUUUUCACGAACUUGCAGGGCUUCGGUGCCACGGUCGGCUGCUUUCAGGCAGUGGCCCGCCCCUGA